ACCAAGACAAAGCCUAGACUUGGACUCCUCAAAAAUUCCUCAACUCAGAAAACCACCAGCACCGGCCAACGAGAAACCCCCAGACCGCCGCUCUCCUCCGCCGUCAUCGCCAUGUUCAGGGACGUGUCGGCGUGCAACAGCUACAACUACGGGGACGCCCUCUAUUGGGACGCCCGCUACUUGCAGGAAGCCAAUUGUGGUUCCUUCGAUUGGUACCAGCGUUAUUCGGCCCUCCGCCCCUUUAUUCGGAAGUAUAUUUCUCCGAUUUCGCGCGUGCUCAUGGUUGGCUGUGGAAAUGCCGUUAUCUCCGAAGACAUGGUUAAAGACGGUUUUGAAGAUAUAAUGAACAUUGACAUAUCAUCUGUGGCUAUUGAGAUGAUGAAAAAGAAAUACAAGCACAUACCUCAAUUGAAGUACAUGCAAAUGGAUGUUAGGGACAUGAGUUUCUUCCCAGAUGAUUCAUUUGAUGGCAUUAUUGAUAAAGUGCAUGACCUGCUGAUUUGGGUAAUAGGCACCCUUGAUUCAUUGAUGUGUGGCACUGAUGCUCCGAUUAGUGCUUCUCAAAUGUUGGGGGAAGUAAGCAGGCUUCUUAAACCUGGAGGAGUUUAUAUGUUGAUAACAUAUGGUGAUCCUACUGUGCGUAUUCCACAUAUAAAUCGACCUGUUCACAAUUGGAAAAUUGAACUCUACAUUAUACCUAGACCCGGAUUUCAAAGGCCAGCUGGGUCCACCUCUUUGAAAUCACUCGUGGAGCCUGUUCCUCUCACAGAAAAAGGCCUACUUAACGCAAAUUAUGUUAUGGAAGACCCUGAUUCUCAUUUCAUUUACGUCUGUAAAAAGAUAAAUGAACCGACUGAUUUUGACAAUACAUCAGAAAUCCUUCUGCCUGAUGAUGAACUUUUAUGGCAGUUUAGCUCCUGGCAAUUGGGUAGGGGUUAAUUCGUCGAAGGAGAGAGUAAAAGAGAAAAAUGUUGCCUGUGUUCAGGGUUCAGGGUUCUGAACAGUGGAAAUUGUUGAUGUGUACAAAUUAAGCCAAAAGUGUGUGUUUCAUACAAACUUUUUAUAGUUUCAUACCAAACUGUUGUAACAUAUAUGCUGUCAUUUGUGAAACCAUUUCGUUUCUUUUUGUCCAAGCCACUUCCUUUCUUUUUGUCCUAGUCACUUCUUUUUUUGUCUAACUCACUUCCUUCCUUUUUUCUGGGUGAGUUUGGGGAAUAUCUCCAUUCAUAGGUCUGAGAUCUACACCUAUGAAUUGAAAGGUCUGAAUGAUCAAUUUUGCAAUCAGUUGUAGAAUCAAUAGGUCUUCAAGUUGUUCAUUUGAAAAAAUGGAAACCCUUCUUAUUGUUAUUGGAUGAUCAUGAGACUUAUUGGAAAUCGAAAUUCUUGAUCGCGGGAGGAAGCAAUGGAAAUUGUUGAUGUGUACAAAAAGUUUGUGUUUUCAUACCAAACU